AUGGAGCAACAUCUCAAAUCAAUUCCUCUACAGGACGACACUAAGAAAAAAGGCAUACUAUCUUUUUUCCAGAAUACAACUACGGUAAAGAGUAAUAAGUUUCUCACGAAAGAGAAGGAUGUCAUCACUCUAGAUGAUCCUAAAGAGGAUGUCAGUGGACCUAUGAUAGAAACUGUUAAACAAGAAACCAUGAAAAGCAUCAAUAAAGAGUGUGCAGAUGAAAUGAAAACGACACCUAAGAAGGCCAAUGCUGAAGACAAGCUUUUAUGCUACAAAAAUUCACCCAUACAAAGUACAAAAUACGAUAGAAACACCAACAAACAAGUACCCAAUGGAAAUAUAAUAGCUAUCGAGACAAAAAGCAGAAGCUCUUCUCCAUGCUCUAAGAGAGAACUUUCCUCAUCGAAAAAGGAAGAAGCUAAAAGAGAAAAGGAACUAAAAAAGCAGCAACGUGCAGAAGAGAAACACAGAAAAGAGUUAUUACGACAAGAAGAGAAAAAGAAAAAAGAGCUAAAGGUAGAAGAGGAAAGACAAAGGCGUGCUGAGCUGAAAAAGCAAAAGGAAGAGGAAAAGCGUAGAAAGGAAGAAGCCAGAUUAGAAGCCAAAAGAAGAAAAGAGGAGGAAAGAUUGAAAAAGGAGGAGGAAAUACGUUUGAAAGAAGAAGCCAAGGAAAGAGCACAAUCCCGUAUUGGUAACUUCUUUAAAAAACUAAGCGAUUCUAAUACGCCUGUGGUUGAAAAGUCGGAUUAUGAAAAAUUUUUUCUACCUUUCUAUGCUAAAGAUGGAGUUAGAGUCAGUAAUAAGUGGAAACUAACAAAAGUGGAGCUGGAAGGUAGCAAAAGAAAAAUAGAUGAUGAAUUACUGAACAGUAAAGAUAAAACAAGUAGUGACGACUUAUUGAAUUGGUUACAGUCUAGAAGAUUACCUAGAGGACAUAAAAUUAAACGUAAAGCUGUUGACGUUCUACAGCAAAUGCCUUUGAAGGAGAAAACAGACGAUGAGCUCCAAUCUUUACUUGCACAAGUUCCGCACAAAUAUAUAAAAUUCUACGAAAAUGUUAGACCUCCGUUUAUCGGAACCUAUUCUAUGGACUUUACUUUGCCACCAAACGAUCCCUUUUCUACGAAAGGUACUGGAUUCAAUUAUGAUUACGAUUCUGACGUUGAAUGGGUUAAUGAAGAAGAAGAAGGCGAAGUCGAUAACUUAGAAAGUGGUGAAGAGGAGGAGGAGGAGGAAGAUGAUGAAGACGUACCUAGCGAAGGAGAGUUUGACGGGUUUCUAGACAGCGAAGAAAACAGUGAUUUGGAUGGCCUACCCUGCGCCAAGAGAAAAUUUGUAGGCCCAUUGAUACCAACAAUAUGCCUAAAAUCCAAUUUUGAAAACUUAUCAGAGGAAAAUAAACGAUACUUACAACAACUCAAGGCCGAAGUUAUCAUAGAAACCGACGGGCCAAUCGAUCCAUUCAAAGAACCCAAAACAUCGUCUCUACCAUCCAAAAGAAGUAAUUCCGACUUACAGGCACAGACCGCUAGCCAAUCUCAAAGUCCCGAAAAGAAACAAAAAGCAAUGAUUACAGACCCCAUGGACUUACUUCGACUUUUUGAUGGGGUUCAAGACAGCACGUUUUCUUUGGGUACUGUGACUGAAAUAGCACAGAAAAAUUUGCCGCAAUACAACAAACAAACAAUUAAAAACACCAUAAAGGAAUAUGCCAUAAGAAGUUCUGGAAAGGGUGAUUUGCCCCGCAAAUGGGUAAUCAAAGACGCACAAAACUGGGAGAAUCUUCGAGCCAAUGCAAAUAUGCCAACCCCGUCUUUGUAA